AAAUGCGGAACUUAUGCGUGCAUAUAGCCCAUUUACUCCCUGACAGCAAAUGGCGCUAUAGACCGGUUACCCUGGUAACCGCUACAGCACAGAGCAACUUUCUGUUUGAUUAUCAGUUUAAUGAGUUCAAUGAAAACUGUGGGAACUAUUACUUAUAUUACAUGCAUUUGAUUGUCAAUUUCUACAUUUUAAAACUUGUUUUCGCAGGGUGAAAACAAUAAAUGCUCUUUUUAGGGCAGUGGAACACUUAGAGCUCUGUAACUUUUUAAUUACAAAUUAUUAUGUCACAACAUCAAGGCGAAUUUUAUUUUUUAUGAAAUUUUGAUUUCAUGACAUGUUAUAUUUAAUCUAAUAAUAAAUCCAAUCAACUUUGGCUGUUCUCUUAACAUAAAUAAAAUGUUUGUGUUUUGUUUCAACAGAAGCAUCAACACCAUCAACACCACCUGCACCAACCCUGCAGGUGUCCUUAAUGAAAAUUAAGGAAGAGAACACAUUUUUGCUCUCAAAAAUCAAAGUCCUUGAGGACAAAUGUACAGAAUUAGAGAGCGAGAGGGAUUUCCUGCGCAGCAGUCUGACAAAUGCAUUGUCAACAAAGGAUGAGAUGCAAGGAGCUUCCUCCAAAAUGCGAAAUAUGAUUGUUAACCCUGACUCUUCUGAUGAAGUAGACAACCUGAAUGAAAAAAAGGGGAAAAGAAGGGCAAGAAAGGAAAAGAAAAAAAAGUCAAAGAAAGUUGACUCUUCAUCCUCUUCCAGUGAAUCAGUGUCUUAUUCCACCUCUGAUUCAUCUGUUUCGUCUUCACCCCACAAAUCAAGGAAACAUAAGAAAAAAUCAAAGAAAGCUGGAAAAAAAAUGCAAAAAAGCAGAAGAGUGUUUCUACCAGAGCAUGCAAUCGAAAGAUAUAAAAAGGUCCUGCAGUACUUGCAACAAGGAAUCACCAAAACGCAGGCAUACCAUAAGUGUGGGGUUGACCGCAAAACAAUAGUGGAUACUGCAGCGAUAGCUGAGCUAGAGGCUUGUGACGGUGAAACCUACAAGACCUUGCGUGAAACAUUCCACAGAGGCCAAAAACUGUCACAGUUUGCCGAACAAUGCAAAGAAAUGUGCAUGAAGGAGCCACUUCAAAGUGUCAUUGAGCAAAAAAAGAAAAAUGGCUUGCUCAUUGACCUUUGCCAAAAACAAAAGUAACUAUUGUUCAAAAGUGUGUUAGAGAAACAUUGGCACGGUUGAAGUUCAGGCCUUGGGAGUGCAUACACAUUUAUUUUAUUUGUUGACAUU